AUGUGGCGCAGCGCUGGGUCGUUGACGCUCAAUGAUCGCUCUGAGGAUCGCGAGGAGGCCCACGCUCCGGAGGACCCCCAAGACCCCUUCGGGCUUGGCGCAAUGUACGAUGAGCUGGAGCGCGAGCUCGGGACCAGCAAGGAUGAUGAUUCCGUGCUCAUUCCGGAUAUGUACGGGCACCUUGUGGAAUUCCACCGCGAGGAGCUGGGCGAAAAGCGCUUCCAGGUGGAGAAGCAAAAAGAGGCUGGCCGCAUCGCCAAGGCCAAGGCGAAGCAGGCCGCCGCCAGACAGCGUCAAGGCGGGGCAGGGCCCGACCUUGAGAAGGCCCUUCUGCAGGCGUCGCCUGCGGAGCCCCCGCAGCUGCCAGAGGCAUCCGAGAGCUACUUGCAGGUGCUCUUUGGCUGUGACAUCUUUCGAGACCUACCCUGCUGCUGUGGAGCACGGCUUCGAGACACAGGUGGUAAAUGA